AUGCGACGUCAUCGUGGAUCGCAGAUCGACAGUAACAAGGGAAGAUUGAAGCUCUGGGAGACCGACAUGUGGAAUUGUACUCAAACGAUCGAGAACGAUCAGCGCGGCAUGAUCGGGCCGAUUUUGGCAACAUGUUUCUCUCCUGACAACAAAAACGUGAUGGUGGGUAGGAUGUUUGGUGGAGCAGACAUUUACGAUGUCUCUACGGGCACUCUUCAGCACAGACUGAAAUCCUGGAAUAGCAUCGCCCUCGUGGCAAUCUCUCCCGAUAAUCAGCUCUGUGCAUUGUCUACGGGUGUUUUGAAUGUGGAGCUUUGGAAUAUUAAGACUGGAACUCGUCUGCAAGUCAUCAAGCACGAUGUGACUGACUGCACGCUAUCAUUUUCCGCGAAUGACAAUUACCUCUAG